AUUUUGUUUUUAGGUUUAUUCAAUAUUUCCUCUUGGAAUUGCAUUCAAGUAACUCAAGAUGGCGUACAAAGGACAAAAAGUACAGAAAGUUAUGGUUCAACCAAUAAACCUGAUAUUUCGAUAUCUUCAAAACAGAUCACGGGUUUCAAUAUGGGUGUACGAACAAGUCAACAUGAGGAUUGAAGGGCAUAUUGUUGGAUUCGACGAAUACAUGAACCUUGUGUUGGAUGAUGCAGAGGAAGUCAACAUUAAAAAGAAUGUUCGUAAAACAUUGGGUCGAGUGAUGUUGAAAGGAGAUAAUAUUACAGUCAUUCAGCAAGUACAAGAACUUGGGCAAGGAGAUUCGUGAAGAGAUAAAUAAACGCUGCUUUAAAGAAACUUACAAUUCGAAUGUUUCGUUUAAUACUGGCGCUCAUUUAUAGUGAUGUCAUAACAUAUAAUGUUUGCUGCCAAUAACAAUGUGUUCUAUAAGCUGCCCAUAAUGUUUUGUUAUUUUGGAACAAAUUAUUCCAAUCCUUACUCAGUUAAAACAUGCGUAUAAAAAUUUGGUUGCCCACCAUGUUUGUUGUAACUUAUAAAUUCCAUAAAAAUUAAAAUAUUUUGUAAAUUAGA